AUGACAGGCGCAAAACCCACAGCAAUACUCAUUGUCCAUGGUGGUUACUUCCUCCCACCAGCGUGGGACGCCUUGAGCAAUCGGCUUCGCAAAGCGGGGUUUGUGGUCCAAUGUCCCCGCCUCCCCUCAUGCGGUGAUAAACGGCCCCCAACUGCACUACGCGAACAUGAUGUGGCGGCAGUCCGGAAAGUAGCCCAGGAGCUCAUUGAUGCGGGCCAUUCUAUUCUGGUCUUGGCCCAUUCUUACGGCGGCAUGGUUGCUUCGGAAGCUAUCACCAAAGACCUGUACGCUAGCGGUGGUAAUGGGGUCGUAUCUCUGAUCUACCUCAGUGCGUGGUUACUGCAGCCCGGGAGUACGCUGGAAGAUGUGAUCACCAAAUACGGCUUUCAAUCUGAAGUAGAUCUCGGCAAUAACGGAGAUGGUACUGUCUUUGCUAAGAACGCACCCGAAUCCUUCUACAAUGAUCUUGAACCCGAGACUGCUGAGGAGUUCGCGAGAGGGAAUGUGACCCACAAUUGGGGUGCAGCUUUGGGUCCGAUGAAAGGAGCCCCGUGGAAAGAUCUUCCUACGACAUACGUGCACUGUACCCAGGACAUGGCAAUCAUGCAUCCUUUGCAGCAGAGCAUGGUCCAGGACGCUGUGAACGCGGGGGGAAAGCUGAUCGUUGAGACGAUCGAUGCUGGCCAUUGCCCCUUCUUGAGCCAACCGGAGGAGAUCGUUCGCAUUGUGAGUCAAAUGUUGCCAAAAUAA